AUGCCUCCAACGCCCAGUGAGGGCCAAACCAAGGCCAGCAGUCCUGGCGGUGCCUCUUCUUUCUUUACCGUGCCCCCUCCCAUCAAGAAGCUCUUCGACAAGUUUCCAUUGGCCACGUAUCCUGCCAACGAUCUGCCGCAACGGUCUCCAACACGACAACACGAAAACCAGCUGUUUGUCUUCAGCAACGCUGCUGCCGCGCGCCGUGGACGGCCCUCUUUCAAUCCGCAGUGUCUAAAGUGGCAGGCGUACCUGAAAUUUGUCGGAAUCGACUUCGAAGUGACCCCCUCAAAUAACCAUGCUUCACCAACGGGCUCUUUGCCUUUCCUCAUUCCAGCCCAACCAGUCGAGAUAGCGGAUGCCAUCCCGUCGCAUAAGUUGCAGAAAUGGGCGAUUGAACAAGUUCACUGCGAGGAGGAGCAGCAAUUAAAUCUGCGGUUCGAGGUAUACGCGUCACUCUUGGACCACCGGAUACGCAAUGCAUGGUUGUACAUGCUGUAUCUGAACGACCACAACUUCGAGGCCGUGGCCCAACGUCUGUAUGUCGAGCCGGCCACCUCAAACACAAUUGUCCGUACUGCCCUUGCGGUGCAGUUGAAGCAGGCAGCUCGUGAUGAACUUCUUCGAACAUCAAAAUACAUCGACGUCGCUGAUUUAGAAGGUGAUGCCGUGAAUGCUUUCGAGGCACUCUCCUCUUUAUUGGGCGAUGACGACCACUUCUUCGGACGGCCGAACCCUGGACUUUUCGAUGCCAGCGUGUUUGCAUACACACAUCUCAUCUUGGAUGAAGGAAUGGGAUGGAAGCAGAAUCGAUUGGCGCCGCUCCUCCGUGAGCAUCAAAACCUUGUGCAACACCGAGAAAAACUACUGCGAUUUUUCGCGUGA